AUGUCUGGUUUGGAGAACCUUACAGUCCAAGAAACAAAAGGGGAAGGGGAAGGGGAGGGGUUGUCUAAUAAUAAAUCACAAUCACAAUCAUGUGGUUGGAAAAUUAUCCAAGGACGUGAAAAGAUCCAUCCAAAUAAUGGGAGUGGGAGUGAAUGCAUAUGGUUUCAGUUACCGGCACACUUACAAAUAUUAAUCUUUCAAUAUCUUCCCACAUUAGCCGAUCAAAUCAAUUUUCUAACAGCAACCAAAAUUUGGAGAAGUUUGAUCCAUCCCCUGGAGUGGAGGGUGAAUAAAGAAGGUGUUCCAUACAAAUAUCCAUGGCUUUUGUUUCCGCAAGGAGGAGAAAAGGGAACAAGGUAUAAUUUAUAUGAUCCCCUUACCAACUUGACGCAUAGCAUUAGUAUUCCGGAAUCUGAAGAAUGUGAAGUUAGGUUCUCUAAUAAAGGUUGGCUUCUCUUUACGAAGCCUCCAACUUCAAUCUUCUUCUUCGAACCUUUCACGAGAACAAGGAUUCAAGUUCCUGAUUUGUGGCAAAUGGAAGCGGUUGAUGGGUUUUGCUUUUCGGGUACUCCCACUUCCCCCAACUGGAAAAUAUUUGGUAUCCGACAUUUACAGCAAAGGGUAAUAAAUGUAUGGUAUUUGGGUCAAGGUGACAGCAACUGGAUUAAGAUCACAGUUCAUUCUGCCACAUUCCCACAUCCUUCUUUUACCAACCCAGUAUCUGACGGUAACUCCUUAUAUUAUUUGAGAGAAAAUGGAUCCGUCAUACGUUUCGAACUUUUCACAGACGAUGAAGGCGAUGCACACAUUGGUUGGCAUAUUGAAUGUUCAGCAUCUCGCUACUUCGGGAAAUCGCGACAAAGGUUCUUGAUUUGGUAUGAAGAGGAGCUGAUAUGGGUGUUUGUGGAUCAGGGAAGGGGCACACAUGUGGUAAAGCUUGAUAAAAGGGUUGGACAAUGGGUUCCACUCAACAGAUUGGAGAAAGAGAUUACGUAUUUGAGCCAAACCACGUCUGGUAGUACAAGGGAAGGAACAGAACAUAAAAAACACAGUUCAAAUGUCCAUGUUUCUUGA